GCAUUGGUUUUUCAGUUCGGUGUUCGGUCGGCUUCAGCUUUGUCGAUUUCUUGCUUUCUCCGCGCCCGUUCAUUUUGUAUCAAAGAUUUAAUUUGCUCAAUAUGAGCAUUGUCUGAUGUAGUAUAUAAAUCAAUUUAAUAUAAAAAUGCCUGAAUUAUCAAGCUUUACAGUGUGUUUAGUCCCAGUUUUAUUUGGAAUAUUGAUCUAUCUAAAAGCAUGGGAACUAGCAAUAACAGCGGUUGCACUGUUAUUGAUAGUGAAGCACCAAAAAAUCUUCAUAGUUUUAAAGACUUUACCUCGUGACAUAAGGUUCUUGUAUCGUAUGUCGCAGAUGAAAAUAGAAUCGAGCCGAUACAAAAACAAUGACUUUUCAGUUGGAGAUGUUUUUGCCGAGCAACUGAAGAAAAAUCCAAAUAGAGACUGUAUUUAUUUUGAGGGCAAAACGUGGAAAGCUAUCGAUGUGGAAGAAUACAGCAAUCGAGUGGCGAAUGUUUUCCAAAAAGCGGGCUACAAGAGAGGCGAUGUGGUGUCACUGCUGAUGGGCAACAGGCCCGAGUACGUGUGCAUUUGGCUCGGAUUGUCCAAGAUCGGAGUCAUCACAGCUCUCAUCAACACAAAUCUCAAAAAGAAUUCGCUCUUGCACUGCUUCUUGACUGCCAAAUCCAAAGCAAUCAUCUUCUCUGAAAGUUAUGCCGAAGUUGUGAAAGAAAUUGAAGGUGACAUUCCAGAAAGUAUGACGUGGUAUCGACUGAAUGACGGCGAUGAUUUUAAUGAGCCCGAUAAGAUCAUUAAUUUGAAGAAGUGCUUGGAAGCGGCGCCCGUCACUCCUGUCAGCGUCACCAUUCGGCCCAGCUACAAAGAUCAUCUCAUGUACAUUUUCACAUCAGGCACCACCGGAAUGCCAAAAGCUGCUGUCAUGCCUCACUCAAGAUAUCUGUUGGCUGGGUUAGCAGCUAUAUGCCUGCUGAAACUGACAAAAGACGACAUAAUCUACAAUCCGCUGCCGAUGUACCACACGGCGGGAGGCGCCCUUGGCAUCGGAGCCGCGCUCAUGAGCAGCACUUCUGUUGUCAUUCGGCCCAAAUUCUCCGCUUCCAACUAUUUCUCCGACUGUGUCAAAUACAAAUGCACUAUUGGUCAGUACAUUGGUGAAAUGUGUAGAUAUAUACUAGCUACGCCAGUGAAAGCGGGAGAAACAAAUCACAGACUGAGACUUAUGAUAGGAAAUGGAAUGAGAGCUUCUAUUUGGUCCAGAUUUGUUCAGCGAUUCCAGAUUCCACAGAUCACUGAGGUCUACGGGGCGACCGAGGGAAAUGUAAAUAUAUGUAACUUAGACAAUACAAUUGGUGCGAUCGGCUGCUUCCCAAAAUGCCUGCCGCAAUUCUUGUUUCCAAUCGCAAUCAUCAAAGUUGACGAAGAAACAGGCCAGCCGUGCCGAAACAAGCAUGGCUUCUGUGAACGCUGUGAUAUUGACGAACCUGGAAUGCUCGUAGGACUAAUAAAACAGAAUGAUCCAACCAGACAAUUCCAUGGAUACGUUGAUAGCGAAUCGUCAAAAAAGAAAACCAUUGAAAAUGUGUUCAAGAAGGGUGAUAGAGCAUUCGUAUCAGGUAAAUAAUCUUAAGUCACAAAAU